GGGAAGAGUUGCGAGCGACAGGGAUGCUUGGCAAUAGAAGCCAGCCAGACCUCCUAGCCAAGUACCGGACAGGCAUCACAGCAGGCGAAGCUGUGGAUGAAAUAAAAACGUUCCUUGCCGGACCUCAACAAACAUUAAAUCUACCGCCGAUGGAUAAGCGAACAAGGAAAAUGAUCCAUGAGCUAGCAAAUAAGUUUAGCAUCAAAUCCAAGUCAGUUGGUGCUGAAAGUCAACGUCGGCCAAUUCUACAAAAGACAAAAAAGACGACAUAUAGAGAAGCUGCUUUUGACCAGGCAUUGUCGCGAGUUAAACGGCAUUAUUCUUCUCAGCCAGGAGGCGGGGGCGGAGGUGGAGGCGGAGGCGGAGGCAGAUCUAAAAACAAACAGCAAUCAUCGUCAGGUCGGCAUAAUCUAGCCAGCUACCAGGAUGGUGAGGUCAUCGGCGCAUCUGCCCCGGAAUUGGGAACGGAAAAUCGCGGUCGAACCAUGUUGGAGAAAAUGGGAUGGAGUACUGGAACGCCUCUGGGAACGAGUGACAAUCAAGGUAUACUUCAUCCUGUAAGCCAGACAAUGAAACGAACCCGAGCAGGACUUGGACAGUAG